AUGAACGGUGACAGCUACUCCCGAGACGGCGGCCGCUCAGGUGGAGGUGCAAGGAACUACGCAUCGAGAGACGACCAUCGCGACCGCGAAAGAGGCGGCGAUAGGGGCGGUGACAGGCGCCGCCGCCGUUCGCGCUCUCCUCGACACAGCUCUCGUCGCGACUACGAGGUCGACACGUACUCAUCCAGCCGUGAUUACCGCGAGCGCGAGCGCGAAGACACAUACGCCCGCCGUGAAAGGCGCGAUGACCGUGGAGGCGACCGUGCCGAAGGCGGGGCACGCGAAGGAGGUGGCCGUGAGGGAGGCGGCCGCCGGGACUGGGGUGAUUCGUACUCGAGGCGCGACCGCCCAAGAGACCGUGGUGACCGAGGCGACCGUGAUGGCGACGAGCGUGGCCACGGACGACGUGACAGGGGCGACCGCAACGACCGGUUUGGUGGCGAUGACCGCGGUGGCAGGGGACGACGAGACGGUGGAUUUGGUGGGAACAGAGGAGGAGGAGGAGGCCAGCGCCAGAAGUCACCUUCGCCUGUUGCAAAGCAGCGCGAGCCUACACCGGACCUUGCGCCCUUCACCAACAUCCAGAACCGCCAGCGCCGCAUGACGCAGUGGGACAUCAAGCCAGCAGGCUACGAGAACAUCACUGCCGAGCAGGCUAAGCUUUCAGGCAUGUUCCCUCUUCCUGGCGCUCCCCGCGCUGCGCCCAUGGAUCCAUCCAAGUUGGCUGCUUUCAUGAGCCCAUCUGCCGGUACUGCCUCUUCUGCCGCGCUUCAGACUGUCAACGCAAAGCAGGCGAAGCGUCUCUACAUCCAUAACCUGCCCUCGGGUGCUACUUCUGAGGAGAUCAUCGAGUUCUUCAAUCUGCAGCUCAAUGGACUCAAUGUCGUCUCUGGUCCAGACCCAUGCACCUCGGCUCAGGUCGCAAGCAACAGCGAGUAUGCGCUUCUUGAGUUCAAGACUGCCGAGGACGCAACCAUUGCGCUUGCCAUGAACGGUAUUGCCAUGCGCGACAACGCUGGUGGCCCUGAUCAAAGCGGUCUGUCCAUUCGUCGACCCAAGGACUACAUUACACCUACCCGCGACGAGAACGCAUACUCGGGCGACGAAGUUUCGACCGAUGUCAAGGACAGCCCUAACAAGCUCAGCAUCGUCAACAUCCCGCAAUACAUCGAGGAGGAGCAGGUCCGUGAGCUUGUUGAGACCAUGGGCAAGCUCAACGCUUUCGUCCUGGUCAAAGACACCAGCACUGGCCAGCACCGUGGUAUUGCUUUCUGCGAGUAUGCCGACAAUGAGAUUGUCAAAGACGUUAUCGAAGGAUUGAACGACAUUCCACUUGGCGAUGGUCACCUCAAGGUUUCCCGCGCAACAGUCGGUCUGCAGCAGACAACAGGUCUCGAUGGCGGCGUUGGCGCCAUCUCCAUGUUGGCCGGUGCCGAGGCUACCGAAGAUCAGGAGCACAGCCGUGUCAUUUGCCUUAUGAACAUGGUCACAUCCGACGAACUGAUCAAUGACGAGGAAUACGACGAAAUCAAGGAAGACAUCGAGGAAGAGUGCGGCAAGUACGGUCCCAUUGUGGAGACCAAGAUCCCUCGCCCCGCUGGAGCCCGCAUCAACCUGGGCGUUGGAAAGAUCUACAUCAAGUACCAGGACACCGACUCUGCACAAAAGGCCAUCAAAGCACUCGCCGGUCGCCAAUUCUCGCGGAGAACUGUCGUUGCUACUGAAUUCUCGGAAGAAGGCUUCGACGUUGAGGCGUGGUAG